CGUUAAGCCUGAGUGUUGCUGCUUGUCCUCUACACGGAGAUCCAUCUCAGAGAAUCAUGUCUGACCUUGAGGAGCGCACCUUCAUCGCCAUCAAGCCUGAUGGUGUGCAGAGGGGCCUGAUUGGGGAAGUCAUCAAGAGGUUUGAGCAAAAGGGAUUCAAGCUGGUCGGGAUGAAAAUGCUCCAGGCCUCCCAGGAGCUGCUUCACAAUCACUACGCCGACCUGUCCACCAAGGGCUUCUUCCCCUCCCUCAUCGCCUACAUGAGCUCUGGACCAGUGGUUGCUAUGGUGUGGGAAGGCAAGGGAGUGGUGAAGACUGGCCGGGUGAUGCUUGGUGCCACAAACCCUGCAGAUUCUGCCCCCGGGACCAUCAGAGGGGACUACUGCAUCCAUGUCGGCAAGAACGUCAUUCACGGCAGCGACUCAGUGGAAAGUGCCGAGCAAGAGAUCUCCUUGUGGUUCCAACCAUCGGAGCUUGUCAGCUACAAGAGCUGUGCCUUCAACUGGCUGUAUGAAUGAGCCCUCUCCCAGGAAGCACCGCACACUGGCCUCACAUUCCCUCAUGCCCGCUGUAGCCUAAGCAACGGUUCCUUCACUCUUCCGUGCAGGCUCUGGUCUCCUGCAUGUUGGAGCCGCGCUGAUGGCACGUAUUCCCUCUAGAAACAUUCCAUCUCCUUUGACUCUAGAUCAUCUCAAUUAUAUUCAUUUGUUAAGGGUGAAACUUUCCAAUAAAAUUCCAUAUUAA